AGCGGGAACCGACAACACCAUGGAGGAGAAGAAAACAUCCUCCUGGUGGGGAACAGCCGAGCAGAGGAGCGCCAUCACCAACACCAGCUGAACAGGAGUGAGGAGGAGGAGGAGGAGCGGAUGGAUGCCAGCCUGGGAUCAGCCACCAACACCACCACCACCAACAACCCUCCUCCAAGUGGGACCAGCUCCGAGUUUAAUCAUUAUUAUGGGAAUGGAAGAGGAGGGCCUUGCUUUGAUCAACAUGGCGGACAACAAAGCCCAGGGACUGGGGUAACAGCGGCGCUCUCGGUACACAACACCAUGGAUCAGGUUCAGAACUCCCACGAAGGCUACAACAACAACAGCCCGUACAACCACUACCCGAACUAUCGACCCGGCUACGGGACAAGUGGAUACGGAGGCAUGAUGAGUCCCUCACGCCAGGGGAACAACCUGAUGGGCUCGGGCAGCGGCAGCUCGGCCGCAGCUAACCUUAGCAAAGCGGCUAUGGCUGCUACCAGCUCCCCGGCUGGAGGUGGAGGCGGUAGCGCCAACAGCGGAGGAUUUCAGCGAUUUCCUGGGCAGGGGCAGCAGCAGCAGCACCCGUCCGGGGCUACGCCAACUUUGAACCAGUUAUUGACGUCGCCGAGCCCGAUGAUGCGGGGUUAUGGAGGUGGAUAUCCGGACUAUAAUAAUCCCUCUGCACAGCAGCAGCCUAGCAUGGGGCUGGCUAAAGACAUGGGCUCCCAGUACGGUUCGGCUGCUCACGGCUGGGGAGGACAACAAAGAAACCACCCGGCUAUGAGUCCAGGGAAUAACGGACAGAGCAGCGGCAGGUCCCAGGUGCCGCCCAUGGACCCGAUGGCGAUGAAGCGCUCUCAGCUCUACAGUAUGAGCAACAACCCGUACUCCCAGCAGCAGCAGGGGGCGCCAUACCCUGGCCAGCCCUACGGCACCCCCUCGCCCCACAGAUACCCGAUGGGGAUGCCUGGCAGAGGGCAAAUGGGGAUGGGAGGGAUGCAGUACCCUCAGCAGCAGAUGGGUUCUCAGUACGCUCAGCAGCAGCAGCAGCAGAGCGUGGGGGGUUACUGUCAGCCGGGUCAGCCUCCGUACUUCAGCCCUCCACAGCAGCAGCCGGCCGCCCCCAGCCAGCCGCCGUACAUGCAGCCCCGCCCACUGCCACAACAGGAGGUGCCGCAGGAGGCGUACGGAGGCCGGGGCCAGUCUGCUGCUAUGACUCCUGGGAAACCAAACCACGAGGAGAUGAGUCUGAGCCUACAGGAGAGACCGUCCAGCCUGCCGGAUCUGUCCGGUUCCAUCGAUGAUUUGCCCACUGGCACAGAGGCUGUGGUGAGUUCAGGGGCGUUGGGAUCCGGCAGCGCUCCGGGUGACCAGGGGGCUCCGGCCCGUUCUCCUUUCUCCCCCCAUGUGUCGCCUCGACACCCCCCCCCAUCUCGCACCGGGCCCUCGCCCACUCCCUCGCCAUCCCCCGCUGGGUCAAGCAGCCAAUCACGAUCCGGACCUCUGUCACCAGCCCCCAGUGGACCAGGCGCUCAGUUGACCCCUCAGGUCUCUGGUCCUGGACCAGAUGUUGGUCCUCAUCCCUCCCAGUCUGCCAUGACUCAGGACAGAGGUUUCCCUCCCUCCAUGCAACGUAGCACCCCAGGGCCUCAGUUUGGCCCCCAGCAGUCAGCACCUCCUAUGUCCCCUCACCCAGCACCAGGGGGCCCCAUGCACCACGGCUCCUACCAGCAGGGCAGCUCCUAUGGCCAGUAUGGCCCCCCAGGUAACUACCCCCGGCCCCCCAACUAUGGUGGGGCCCCCAGUGCCAACUACAGCGGCCCUGGCCCAGGCUUAGCUAACAGCCUGGGAUUGAACGCCAGCAGUCCGAUGCACGGUCAGGGCCCCUCCACGCCAGCAGGUCGCGGUCCCGGGCCUGGGACAGGGGGGCGACCCUACCCCGCUGGAGGAAGUGUCAUGGCUCCCACCUCUCCGGGCAUGCCACAGCCCGCCGGUCAGGGCAUGAGGCCUCCUGGGCCCAAUGCCAGCCGCAAACCGCCAGACAUCAGCCCCAACGCUGGGCCCAGUGCCAACUCAUCCGCAGCCGCCGCUCAGACCAGGCAGAGCAGCUUCCCGGGCAUGGCACCAAUGGGAGGAAUGGGCCCUGCAGGCCCUGGAGCUCCAGGAGGUCCCUAUAGCCAGCAACCAGGCAGUAAUUCUGGGAGGAUGACACCACAGGGACCCCCCUACAACACCCCACCCUCAGGCCCCAUGUUGAUGCCGGCAGAAGGAAUGGGGGCUCAUCCAGAUGCCAAGCAAAGGGUUGAGCUCAGCAAAGAGGGCGUGUGCCCUGCCACCGAGCCGCCCAAACCCAAGGACAGCUUCAGCUCUCAGUGUGUGUCCCAGCCCCCCACCCCCUCCCCCAUGUCCCCCAGCUCAGCUAGUCUGUCCUCCUGUCACGGGGAGGACAGUGAUAGCAUUAGCAGCCCCGCCUGGCCCAAGACUCCGACCAGCCCUAAGUCCAGCGCAGCCACCAUGACCAACGAGAAGAUCACCCGGCUGUACGAGAUGGGCUCCGAGCCGGAGAGGAGGCCCUGGGUGGACCGGUACCUGUCCUUCAUGGAGGAGAGGGGGACGCCCGUCCCAAACCUGCCCGCCGUCGGAAAGAAGCCGCUGGACCUGUGCAGACUUUACCUGGCUGUGAGAGAGAUCGGAGGCCUGGCCAUGGUGAAUAAGAAUAAGAAGUGGAGGGAGCUAUCGUCCCUGCUGAACGUGGGGACGUCCAGCAGCUCGGCCAGCUCUCUGAAGAAACAGUACAUCCAGUACCUGUUUGCCUACGAGUGUAAGGUGGAGCGCGGAGAGGAGCCUCCACCUGAGGCCCUGGGGCCCGGCGGAGACGUCAAGAAACCUCCGUCACUCCAGGCCAAGAUCCAGCCACCGUCCCCAGCCAACUCGGGCUCCCUGCAGGGCCCCAACACCCCUCAGUCCAGCAGCAGCUCCCUGACCGAGGCCCCCGGAGACCUGAAGCCCCCGACCCCUGCUUCCACUCCGCACAGCCAGAUGGGCUCCCAGUCUGGCAGCAGGAACAUGGGAGGAGUCAGCGUCCAGGACCCGUUCUCUGAAGGCAGCGAUCCAGCUUUCCACAGCAAGCGGGGCCCGGGACCCGGCGGCGCCCCCUACCAGCAGGGAGGAGGUCACACAGACCCGUCAAUGAGGAUGCAGUACGAUGCCAGCAAAGACCCGUACGGAGGACCGAGGAAAGGUCCGGGCCCCAGCGAGGCCUUCGGUCCCGGUCAGAUGCCCAGCGGUGCCAUGCAGGACAUGUUCCCCCGCGGGCCACCCUCUGGACCCUUGACAGGGAUGGGCCCCAGACCCCAGUACCCCUACGGCCCUGGAUAUGAGCGGAGGCCGGACCAUGUGAUGGGGCCAGAGGGAGGCAUGGCGCCCCCCGGAGGUCAGAACAGCAUGGGUCAGACAGGAAACGAGGCCAGUAUGUUCCCCACCAACAGAUACCCCCACCAGAGGCACGGACAUGACGGCUACGGACAGCAGUACCCUCACAGCAUGGCCUACAGUUCCCAUCAGCCCCUGUACUCUCAGCAGCAGGGUUACAAGCGUCCGAUGGAGGGGAUGUACCCUCCCCCGAAGCGCCAUGAGGGGGAGGGGUUCGGCGUGCAGCAGUACGGCUCCCAGCAGCCCGACAUGUUCGGCCCCCCCUAUGGAGGAGGAGGUGGAGGCUACAUGGGCCCCGAGCGGCGACCGGUCCAGGGCCAGUACCCGUAUCCUUAUGGCCGGGACCGCCAGGGGCCCCCUCAGCACGGCAUGAUGGGCUCAGGACUGUCAUCAGUGUCCGGGGGCCCCGGGGAGGGGCCACAGACCAAUAUGUGGAACCCCAGGACAGACAUGGGUUACACGUACAGUAGGCAGGGCCAGGGCCCCCCCUACCCUGGCAUAAACCGAGGGGAAGACCAGGAGGGCAGGGCCCCUCAGGACAGCCAGUGGCCCCCCAGUCACCCAGGCCAGCGCCAGCCGCCGUACCCCCCCCACUCUUCUUCCUCCUCCUCAUCCAUGCCCCCCCUGCCAUCCAGACAACCCCCCUCCUCUUUCCAGACGACGCCCACCGUCCCUAACCAUGUGACCCGCUCUCACAGCCCCUCCUCCUUCCCCCGUCCUCUGGGGGGCUCUCUUUCCCCCAACAGCGCCCCCUACCUGCCCUCUAUGAAGAAACCAGCGCUCCCAGGUGUCCCCCCCCGCCCCCCGCCCGCUCAGGGCCUCCCCCUCAUCAACAGAGAGGUCAGCUUCCCCCCCAGCUCUGUGGAGGCCACCGCCCCCAAACUGAAGCCACGACGCCGGCUCACCGCCAAGGACACAGGAACCCCUGAGGCAUGGCGAGUGAUGAUGUCACUGAAGUCUGGCCUAUUAGCAGAGAGCACCUGGGCUCUGGACACCAUCAACAUCCUGCUGUAUGACGACAGCACCGUGGGCUCCUUCAGCCUCACACAGCUGCCUGGUUUCCUGGAGCUCAUCGUGGAGUUUUACCGCCGCUGCCUCAUCCAGAUCUUCGGCGUCCUGGAGGACUACGAGGUUGGAACUGAGGGCCAGAGGACCCUGCUGGUACCCCUGCCUGACCCCCCUGAGGGGGAGGGGGAGGAGGAGGAGGAGGACAUCGUGCUAAAGCACAGGGCACCUGCCGCAUGCGAGUCUAACGGUCAAUCAGUGGAGGAGCAGAAGACACAGAGGAGGCCAGCGGAGGAGGUGGAGGCAACGUCACCGCUGCUCACGACUGCCCCCAACUUCAGUGCUGAGGAUGCAAAGCACAGUGAACUGGCUGUCAAAGAGGAGGUGGACGUGAAGGAGGAGCAGCAGGAGCCCCGCCCCCAACAGGCCAGCAAGUACGACAAGCUGCCAAUCAAGGUGGAGGAGAGCGGGGAGGAGUGGGAGGAGGUGGAGGAGCGCUGGGCUGAGCUCAGCCGACCCAACGGCUUCAUCAGCGGCCUCCUGCACUGGAAGGCCGGGGGAGGAGACUCCACCACUCACAUCCAGACUCACUUUGAAGCUCGCACAGGAGGCUUCACCCCCCCGAACCCAGCGGAGAGGGAGGAGGGGGGGGGUGGAGACGAGGAGAGGGAGGGAGGAGGGGAGGCGAGGGAGGAGGAGGAGGAGGCAGAGAAGAACCUGCCAGUCGGAGAGGAAACGUUACCUGAAACACAGCAAGGCUCCCUGUCAGAGGUCAGAGGUCAGAGGUCACCGGCUCCCAAGGCGGCUCAGAGUCCCAUCAGACAGCUGGAAGACGAGCCUCGCUGCUGGGACGAGGCUCCGCUGUCCACGGCCGAGUCCUGGCAGGACUCUCUGGCCAAACGCUGCGUCUGCAUCUCCAACGUUGUGCGCGGCCUCUCGUUCGUCCCCGGCAACGACGCCGACAUGUCGCGGCACCCCGGCCUGGUGCUCAUCCUGGGCCGGCUGGUGCUGCUGCACCACCACCACCCCCGCAGGAAACGGACGCCGCCCACCUAUCAGCGGGAGGAGGAGCAGGGUCUGGCCUGCAGCCGGGACGAGUGGUGGUGGGACUGCCUGGCGGCGCUCAGGGAGAACACCCUGGUGACGCUGGCCAACAUCUCGGGCCAGCUGGACCUGUCGCUGUACCCCGAGAGCAUCUGCCUGCCCAUCCUGGACGGUCUGCUGCACUGGAUGGUGUGCCCGUCCGCCGAGGCCCAGGACCCCUUCUCCUCUGCGAGCGGCUUCUCCUCGCUCACCCCUCAGAGACUGGUGCUGGAGUGUCUGUGCAAGCUGAGCAUCCAGGACUGCAACGUGGACCUGCUGCUCGCCACGCCGCCUUUCGGCCGCCAGCAGAAGCUCUUCGCCACGCUGGUGCGCCUCGUGGGCGAGAGGAAAAGCCAGGUGUGCCGGGAGAUGGCGGUGGCCGUCCUGUCCCACCUCGUGCAGGGCGACUCCACGGCAGCGAGGGCCGUCGCCCUGCAGAAGGGCAGUGUGGGAACUCUGAUCGGCUUCUUGGAGGACAGCGUGGCCAUGGCUCAGUACCAGCAGAGUCCGCACAGUGUGCUGCACGCCGCCACGCCACCGGAGCCACCCAGCAUUAACAUGAUGUGCCGAGCCGCCAAGGCGCUGCUGGCUAUGGCGAGGGUGGAGGAGAACGGGGCGGAGUUUGUUCUUUACGAGAGCCGGCUGCUGGACAUCUCGCUAUCGGCCGCCCUCAGCUCCUCAGUGGCGGCCAUCAUGUGUGAAGUACUGUUUAAAAUUGGCCGCUCAUGACAACGACACCGCCACGGAGCGUGCUCGGUGGCGCCGGAAGCAGCUCCGCACUUGUGAUGAAUUGGCUCCUAUUAUAUUUUUAUUUAAAGAACUGAACACAAAGUUUUUACAUACAAAUGAAUAUAUAUAGAAUAUAUAUAGCUCCUCAGCUCCAUCCACAAAUGUUUAUUUGGAAUUUUUAAGUAAUUUUAAUACAAAAAUAUUUAAUACUUGUAUUUUAAAUUUUUUAUUCUUUUGUCAGUUGUUUUGUUUUAACCAAAGUGUGAUGGUGGAGAACGCUCGGGUUCUGGUUCUGUGUUUGAAAUGGACGUGGUCGUUUCUUUCUGUUUGCGGGUUGUUUUUCUUUUUUUUCGGGGGGGAGGGGUUUGAUUUGGGGGCGGGGUCAGUUUUAUUUAAAUAGUGACAUGUUGUAGAUAGGCCUCUCUUUGCUCAUGUGGUAUGACAGAGGAAACACUGAUGUUCAGUCACGUACUUUGUUCUGGUGCAAUAGGUUUGUUUUGGGUGUAAUUUGAAAUGUGAAUCAUUUGACCAUCUGCAGUUUGACCAUCAGUAUUUUUCCAAACCACAGCAGUUUGUUUGGGGGGGUGGGGGGUGGGGGGUGGGGGGAGGGGGAGGGGGCGGGGCUGCGUCACUUUCCGUUGUUCAAGAACUUUUUAUGUCUCUUCCACCAAUCGAAUCUAAAUUUCCCUCCACCGUCAUCCUGCUCCUGUAAAUAGACGAUGUACAUUUGCGCCGCGACAGAUGGCGUCAUGACUCGGCGACGGUAGCUGGUGAUGAAUGAACGGUCGUCAUUUCUAAUCACACCUCUGCUCACCUGAACGUUUAGUUUCCCUCUUCCCAGCAGGUGAAGACUAUUUUUUCUGUAUUUGAGGAAAAUCCUCCAGUUUCAGGAUGUUCUGUGGCGUCUGAUCUGGGAGGGUGUGUUUGAUUUGAGAGACUGUAUGUACAGGAGGUGGGGGGGGGGGGGGGGGGGGGGGGGGGGGGGGGUGUACUCAUCAUGUUGUUAACUGACACAACUUCAAAAACAGUUAUAACAAAUGUAAAGAGAGAAAAAAGAAAAUCUCUACAUCCAGAACGUCUCCUGUUUGAUUUGACGUUUCUUCAGUAUGAGAUUUUAUAUGUUCCACAACAUGUUAAAGAAUAAACGUACAUGAACUGUG